CACAAGCACGACAGGCCAGCGACGUGCGGCGCAUCGCACAGGCAGCUCGAGGGGUCAGACUCACUGGCAUUCAGUCAAGAUGGAGCAGUCGAGCAUUUCCGUCAACAUCAGAGUGCGGCCCUUCACCGUGCGCGAGACAUCACAGAUGCAGCCACAGCAGGAGGAGCGUCAAGUAUUUGCAGAGGGAGCCUUGACUGGCAACACGCCGACGCCUACAGCCAAAGGACUACGCAAAAUCAUCCAAGUGCUCGACGAACGCGUCCUGGUCUUUGAUCCAGCAGACAGCAAUCCAAUGGCGCGAUUCUCCAAGUCCCUCAUGCCCGGCAAGAAGAUCAAGGAUGUUCGUUAUGCCUUUGAUCACAUCUUUGAUGAAACUGCGACCCAAAGAGAGGUCUUUGAGCAUACAAGCCGGCCAUUGUUGAAUGGCAUUUUCGAUGGAUUCAACGCGACUGUCUUUGCCUAUGGCGCGACAGGCUGCGGCAAAACACACACAAUCUCGGGAACCAGAGAAGAUCCUGGUCUCAUCUUUCAGACAUUCGAAGAACUCUUUGCGCGCAUCGAAGCUCUCAAGGACGAUAAGCUGGUGGAUGUCAGCAUCACCUAUCUGGAAAUCUACAAUGAGACGAUUCGUGAUUUGCUCAUUCCCGGUGGAAGCAACAAAGUGCUCAGCCUGCGUGAAGAUGCCAACAAGCAAAUAAGUGUUGCAGGGUUGAGCACGCAUGUCCCAGAAUCUGUUGAGCAUGUCAUGGAGCUCAUUCUCAUGGGCAAUGCCAAUCGUACCAUUUCCCCAACGGAAGCGAAUGCCGUCAGUUCACGAUCUCAUGCAGUCUUGCAAGUCAACGUCUCUCAAAAGGCGCGCACGGCAAGCAUCCAGGAAGACCACGUCAUGGCCACACUCUCGAUUAUCGACUUGGCAGGAAGUGAACGCGCCUCCGUUACCAAGAAUAGAGGUGAUCGACUGCUCGAAGGUGCAAACAUCAACCGAUCAUUGCUGGCGUUGGGCAACUGCAUCAAUGCCCUGUGUGACCCUCACAGAAAGUGCCACAUUCCAUACCGCGACUCGAAAUUGACGCGGCUGCUCAAAUUUUCACUUGGUGGCAAUUGUCGCACAGUCAUGGUUGUGUGUGUUAGUCCAUCUAGCGCGCACUAUGAUGAGACGCACAACACGCUCAAGUAUGGCAAUCGCGCAAAGAAUAUCAAGACCAAA